AAAAUGAGUGAGUUGAAGAAUGAGAUCGUUUCCAGGACUUGCAUCAAACCCUCCUCCCCCACUCCUCCCCACCUCAAAAACUUCAAACUCUCUCUUCUUGACCAGCUCCUUCCCGCCAUCCAUGGCAACAUGACCUUCUUCUUCCCCUCCUUCGAUUCCCCCCACGACCCUGAUUUGGAAUUCUCACGCAAAUCCCAACUCCUCCAGAAAUCCAUAUCUGAAACCCUCGCCCGCUUCUACCCCCUUGCCGGGCGCUUCGCAGGUGGCUCCGCCAUCGACUGCAACGACGAGGGUGGUCUCUUUAUCGAAGCCCGAAGCGAUAGCCCACUUUCAGACUUCCUUAGCAAACCGGACUGUGAAACACUUGACCUCUUCCUCCCCACCACAGACCAAGAAACCAUGGAAUUAUCCAAUGGUUCUAUGUGGCUUGUGAAGUUCUCCAUGUUCAGCUGCGGUGGCACCGCCGUUAGCGUCUCGCUCACCCACAAAAUCGCCGAUUUUGCUGCAUUAAUCACGCUGUUAAAGAGCUGGACCGCGACGUGUCGUGGAUUGAGUGAGCCGCUGUCCCCGCAGUUCACCGGAGCUUCAAUCUUGCCUCCCAGAGAGAUUCCAGGCAUGUCAGCGUCGAUACACAUUACGGGCGAGAAGUUCAUAGCAAGGAGGUUUGUGUUCAGCGCCUCCAAAGUUGCGGAGCUUAAAGAAAAAGUUCAAAGCAUGGUUGGGCGAGAGCAAUUCUAUGUCUCGCGUGUAGAGGUGGUACUAGCACUCCUAUGGAAAUGUGCAGUGGCGGUUGUCAAAUUGAAAACCAGGUCGUUCAAGCCGACGGCAUUGUUCCAAGCGGUGAACCUCCGCUCAAGAAUGGAUCCGCCGCUUCCGGACACCGUGUUUGGGAACUUUGUGUGGCCGUUUGCGGUGAUCGUGGAGGAAGAGAGCGACAUGGAAAUACACCGGCUGGUGCAAGACAUGAGGAAGACCAAGAAUGACUUUCUCAACAACAAGGCAAACAAGUUUAAAGGGGAGGAAGGUUUCAAUGCUCUAAUGGAGACUCUGAAGGAGAGAGGGGAGAUCUUCAAGAACAGGAAGGAAUUGGUUGCAUACAAAUGUUCAAGUUGGUGCAAAUUUCCAUUGUAUGAAAUCGAUUUCGGGUGGGGCAAACCGGCGUGGAUGACAAGUGCAAAUAAGAUGGUGAGUAAUACCAUUUCUUUGCUGGAUACGAGCUCCGGUGGAGUUGAAGCUCUGAUAACAUUGGAUGAGGAAGAAAUGGCCAUAUUUGAACGCCAUGAGGAGCUGCUGGAAUUUGCUUCUGUAAACCCCAGCAUUGUUGUUUGAUUUCACUGCUGCUAAUUAAAUUCAAGGGUUUUUCUUUCUGGGUGGAAGAGAAUUGAAGGUGUUCAUGAAAUUUAAUUUUUGUUACCUAUAU